AUGGAUUUAUAUACAGAGUCAAAAUUGAAAGAAUGGGGAUUCUCGAAAGAAAUCAUUGAAGUUUUUAAAGAUGAAGAAAUAAAUGAAAUGGCAUUGUUAAGUUUAACUGAAACUAUGAUGACACAGUUGUUUCCCAAGAUUGGUCAACGCUCAAAUUUGGCUGUUCAAAAAAUUGAAUUACAACCAAAACACCCUGCGAUUGAUUGGGACAAUUUGGAAUUUGAAGUGACAGAUACUGAUAAUAUAUUAUUACCAUUUGACGGCAAUGUUGUUGAGGAGGAAAUUUCAUUAAAUGAUAGUUUAUUAGUGUCUUCAAACACUAUAUCAACAUCGACCACAAACAUUAAACAUUAUUUGGAACAAUAUUAUCAUGAUGGGAAGUGUGUUUUAAGUUUCUAUGGUUCAUGUGGUUAUUUAAAUCAAUCACUGAGAAACAAAUUAGCAUCGGUAAUAAUUAAAGACCGUAUACAAAAGUCAAUAAAGCUUGACAAGGUUCAAUUUACGGAAUUAGCAAAAGGCAUUGAAGAGUUGUUCCCAACUGAAAGUUGGGAAACUUAUUUUAUUCCUUAUUUGAAAGUAGGGGACAAAAUUACUCCAAAUAGAGGUAAAUUGUAUGACAAAUAUUGUCAUUUAAAAAAAGAAAUGAAAAGAAUUACUCCAAAUAAAAAAAGAAACCAUUCUGAGACAGUAGAAAACAAUACUAAUUUUGUCGAACAUGAUAAUUUUGAAGAUUCUAUAAAUUGGUUAAAACAUAAUAUUCAACCAGAAACUACUUUCGUUAAACUUUGGAAAGAAACAUCAAAUUUUAGGUUUAACCAGUCCUUAAAUAACAUUAAACUUUUUCCAGGUCUGACUAAACCCACUGGUUAUUUACUGAUUGAAAUUGAUUUUAUUCAGUUGUUUCCUACAAAGGAAAUGGGACUACUCAAUAAAUAUGAAUGUUUUAAUGAAAAUUUAAAAAAAAUGUUGAAAAUUAAAAAACCUUAUUUGGGCUCUCAAGAGGAAUCAUUAUUACAACAGAUUUUCAUACCAGUUAAACUAGGUGAUGAUGAUUUAGCUGCAUUUAGUAUACUGCCACAUUUAUUUCAACCUGUGUCCACUGUAAUUACAAAAAUAAAUGGUUCAUCAUCAACACGUACAACCCACAAACCUUCAAAAUUAGAACAGGAAGCUGCAUUUAUUCUCGAAACGGUCAUAAAAGCAUUUGAUGUGUGCUUCAAGAGUUUUCACACAUUCAAUUUGGAGUACCCGGUGAAAGCUAAGCAAGUGUGGACAUUCUUCCAAAUAUAUUUUUAUGGAAUUCAAGCUGCUAGCAAAUCCGAUCAACAAUUUUUGUCUGUUAAAAGUUUACUUAAAGAUAUCAAUAAUUAG